UAUAACCCGUUCGCAUCAACAUUUUCCAAAGUCCAAAGUCCAAACUCUCUCUCUCACGCGCACGCACUUUUCCCUCUUAUUUUUCUCUCACAAACACCUCGCUAACCUGCGCCGCAUCCCUUGCUCCCAGCUGCUUAACCUGCGCAUCACAGGAGAUGAAGCCCGCGCCGGCGCUCAAGAUAGGGAUAUCUAGACACAGGAGCUUGGCCAGCUAGCAGUAUACCGAAAAAAAAAAAGGGAAGAAGAAAAAAACGACCAACGGCGGAGAUUGAACUAGCGGCGGCCACCCUUACGAAAUGGACGGCCAAAAGGGCCAGUCGAGGCUCAGCAGGACCCAAUCCUCCCUUCUCCGGUCAUCCCCCACCUACCGUCUGCCGGCGCAGAGCUCGCCUUUCGCGGCCGAGAUCUCGCGGGACCUGGAGGAGCAGAAGCCCCACUCCAAACCCUGCACGCCACGUGUUCGACCGAGUGCCUGGCGUUUCGGACCCGUUUUCGCCCUCUUAUUCUUCCUGCCGGCGUACACUAUUUUCGCCUUUCUCGUCUGGGACGACGCGUCCACCUCCGAGAAUCUACUCCUGUCCUUGAUUUUCGUCGCCGUUUUCCUGUUCUUCGUCUCCAAGAACAGGGAUUUGCUCAACCGGACUUUCAGCUCCUGCAAGCAGUUUAUCGACGAGCACGCUAAAAGAUUGAGUCUUUACUGUUUUGCAUCCAAGAACCCCACAAAAUCGGUUCAAUGGUUCAUAGGCUAUCCAAUCCCGGAUGAAAUCGAAGGAAAACAACAGGGCAUCCGUUUCGAAAAUGUUACUAGAGAAGGUGUGGAGUUUUACAGCAAUGGAGAUUUCUACGAGGGGGAGUUUCAUGGUGGGAGGUGCAAUGGGAGUGGAGUGUACAAUUAUAUGAUUAAUGGGAGGUAUGAAGGAGACUGGAUUGACGGGAAGUAUGACGGUUUUGGGAUUGAGAGCUGGGCGAGAGGAAGUCGAUUCAAAGGGCAGUAUAGGCAUGGUUUGAGGCAUGGAUAUGGUGUUUAUAGGUUUUAUACAGGGGACACUUAUUCCGGUGAGUGGUUUAAUGGGCAGAGCCAUGGAAUUGGAGUUCAGACUUGUGCUGAUGGGAGCUCUUAUGUUGGGGAGUUUAAGUGUGGGGUCAAACAUGGCUUUGGGUGUUACCAUUUCAGGAAUGGGGAUAGAUAUGGUGGGGAGUAUUUUGGAGACAAAAUCCAUGGUUUUGGAGUGUACCGUUUUGCAAAUGGGCACUGUUAUGAAGGGUCGUGGCACGAGGGUCGAAAGCAAGGUUAUGGUAUGUAUACUUUCAGAAAUGGUGAGAUGAGAUGUGGAGAAUGGGAUAAUGGCCAUCUUAAGACGCCUCUUUCCUCUCUCUCGGAUUCUGUUCUUCGGGCUGUUCAGGGUGCUCGAAAAACGGCAGAAAACGCUAUCCACCUGCGUCCGGUGGACGAGAAAGUGAGUAAGGCGGUGUUCGCUGCAAAUCGGGCAGCAAUGGCAGCAAGAGUUGCUGCCGUCAAAGCUGUUCAGAAUAGGAUCCAUGGAAAAUUCUGUGAUGCAAACUUUUGAGAAAAAAAGACUAUUAUCGUUCGUUUUGUAAGGUAAAUGUAAAUUUACUGAUGAAGAAUUCUGUUCAAAGAGGAACAGAAAUCUGCACCCCGGCGAAGAAGGUAAAAGAAACUCUCACCGGAGGUUUGAGUAUGUUUUGGUUUUUACUGUAACUUGUACAUAGAUCCUUGUAUACAUAUAUAUGGGGAAAAUCAAAUUUUCUUCAAGGUUUUCUUUCUUUCUUUCCCUUUUUUUUUUUC